GUGAAAAUGUGGGAGGCCUGGCUGUCGGUCUACGAAUUAGAUUUACCUCCAAAAUGACCGUUUUAUUCAGUUCGAAAAUUUUGAUUUAUUCGUGGAAAGUCGGCUCAAAAAAAUUUGUGAUGUUAUGUUGUUAAAUAACAGUUGGGAUGAUUUUGUUUAUGUGUAUAAUUUGCACAGCGACGGCCAUUCAAUGGGAAGCCCCAGUGCCGUACGAUCCUGUAUGGUAUGCAAGCUUACAAACCUUUGCAGCUGUGCCUUCUUUGAAUGAAACGCGGACUUGGUGGGGAUGGGUGAAUGAACAAGAUGUAAUGUUCAGACUCUUCACUAGACGGAAUCCAUUUGAUUAUCAACUCCUUAAAACGAAUGAUUCAGCGUCAUUACGUAAUUCGAAUUUUAAUUUCGAAAACAAGGUGAAAGUAUUGACACAUGGUUGGUUGAAUCACGGCGACAGCCCUAUGCCUGAAUCUAUUAAAGAAGCCUAUCUUAACGUAAGUGAUAUUAACAUAAUUGUUGUGGAUUGGGGCAAUGCGGCGAACGUAAAUUACAUAUUAGCCAGUUAUAAUGUCGCCAUGGUGGGGCGUUUGCUCACACAGUUCCUAAAUUUUUUAAUUACCGAAGGUGUAUCUAUGGAUGACGUACAUCUUAUAGGGCAUAGUCUGGGUGCUCAUGUCGUUGGAAUCGCUGGUGCGUACGUCAAUCAAGGUCCUAUAGAUACAAUUACAGGAUUAGAUCCAGCUUUACCGCUCUUCACGGUAGGUAAUAAAGACGCUCGUCUCGACAAGCACGAUGCAAGGCACGUGGAGGUGAUUCAUACUUGCGGCGGAUAUCUUGGCUUUGCGUCCCCCCUCGGCCAUAUCGACUUCUACCCUAACGGAGGCACUCGGCAGCCGGGAUGCGGAAUUGAUUACCGCGGACUCUGCGCCCACAACAGAGCUCAUAUGUUCUUCGCGGAAUCGAUCAUAUCAGAUGUGCCGUUUACCGCGGUGCGGUGUCAGGACUAUGACGAGCUGUAUUACCAGGGCUCCUGUGAGGGCACGGGCGAGACUUUGAUAAUGGGCGGCUUCGACAUUCAUUACGGGAAAGAUGGAAUUUACUACCUCAAAACGAACGCCGAACACCCCUACGCAAUACGCGACCCAUUCCCGUGAAAAUUGUAAAGUAUUAAUUCAUCCCAUUGCCAACUUUGACUGUAAAUAAAUUUUUCAUCUACUUUAUUCAAGGCUAAAAAUUUUUAUUCUGUAGCGACAGCAAAUGGGUCGCGGGUCGACUUAAUAAUUUACGUGGCCUGCUUUCAUUUAGAUGAUUAAACCUUCAUCAGCUCUUAAAUUGUACCAAAAAUAACCAGACGCUCAAUUAUUAUUG